ACUCCCAGGGCCUUGUUUCGACUCAGGUCUUUCAGUGCUAUGUCAAACUCUUCACGCAGUAUCGUAUCUCCCAUUUCAAUUUCUCAUCAGAGGCUAUUUACACUCAAGCUAGUCAUGUCCUGUACACACUGUGAUCCCGGCGUAGGCGUGGACGCGUUCUUCCACGCCCUGUACACGCAGAACUCGACUCGCACCGUCAUGCUGCUGGGCUCCGCCUGCUCUGACGUCACCGAGAGCCUCGCCAAGGUCGUGCCCUACUGGAACAUCGUCCAGGUGUCGUUCGGGUCGACGUCUCCGGCGCUGAGCGACCGCAAGGAGUUCCCGCUGUUCUACCGCACCGUCGCGCCCGACUCGUCGCACAACCCCGCCCGGCUGGCGUUCGUGCGCGGCUUCGGCUGGGACACGGUGGCCGCCCUCAGCCAGCACGAGGACGUCUACUCGCUGGCGGUGAACGACCUCGUGACCGAGCUGGAACAGGCCAACAUCACAUGCAGCGCCACCAUCACCUUCGCAGAGUCCGACUUCGAGGACCAGAUGCGCAUGCUGCGGGAUCUGGACACCAGGAUCAUCAUCGGCAGUUUCUCGCAGCAAGUAGCUCCGAAGAUUUUUUGUGAGGCCUACCAGCUGGGCAUGUUCGGCGGCGACUACGCGUGGAUCCUGCAGGGCGGGCCCGACAGCCGCUGGUGGCGCAACGCCUCGGCGCCCUGCCCGCCCACGCAGCUCGCCGCCGCCGUCGAGGGCCUGCUGCUCGUCUCCUCGCACAACCGCCUCGUCGGCAGCGCGCCCGCCAUCUCGGGCAUGACGAACGCGCACUUCGUGGAGGAGUUCUCGCGGCGCGCGCUGCCCGUGUCGCCGUACGCGCCGCAGACGUACGACGCGGUGUGGGCCAUCGCGCUGACGCUGCGCGCCGCGCACCGCCGCUGGGCGGGCGCCACCACCGUGCGCCACUUCGACUACUCGCGCCGCGACAUGGCCCAGGAGUUCCUGCGCCAGAUGGGCCGCCUCAGCUUCCUCGGAGUCUCGGGUCCAGUGUCGUUCAGCGGCGCCGACCGCGUUGGCAUCUCAGCGUUCUACCAGGUACAAGGCGGCGAGGUGGUGACGGUGGCGCUGUUCGACCCCGCGACGGGCGCGCUCGACUUCGGCUGCCCCGGCUGCUGCCCGCUGGCGUGGCAGGGCGGCCAGGUGCCGGUGGCGCGGCGCGAGUUCCGGCUGCGCGUCGUCACCAUCGAGCCGGCCGCCUUCCUCAGCGUCGCCUGCCUCGCCGUCGUCGGCAUCUCGCUCGCCGUCGCCUUCCUCGCCUUCAACCUGCACUUCCGCAAACUCAAGUACAUCAAGCUGUCGAGCCCGCGCCUCAACAACAUGGCGGUGGUGGGCUGCAUCCUGGUGUACACGGCCGUCAUCCUGCUGGGCCUGGACCACGCCACGCUGCCCGCCAGCACGCACUUCCCCGCCGUCUGCACGGCACGAGUUUACCUGCUGUCGGCAGGAUUCUCCUUGGCUUUCGGCUCCAUGUUCACGAAGACGUAUCGUGUGCACAGGAUCUUCACCAGAAGUCGCAGCGGAGUCGUAAAGAAUAAGCUGCUGCAGGACACGCAGCUGAUAUCGCUGAUCUGCGUGCUGCUGCUGAUCGACGGCCUGAUCGUGACGCUGUGGGUGAUCGUGGACCCCAUCCAGCGCCACCUGCGCAACCUCACGCUCGAGAUCAGCGCGUCCGACCGCAGCGUCGUGUACCAGCCACAGGUGGAGGUGUGCCGCUCGCAGUACACGCACUCGUGGCUGGGCGCGCUGUACGCCUACAAGGGCCUGCUGCUCGUCGUGGGGGUCUACAUGGCCUGGGAGACGCGGCACGUGAAGAUCCCGGCGCUGAACGACUCGCAGUACAUCGGCAUGAGCGUGUACAGCGUGGUGAUCACCAGCGGCAUCGUGGUGGUGCUGGCCAACCUCAUCUCGGAGCGCGCGACGCUCGCCUUCGUCACCAUCACGGCGCUGAUCCUGACGUCGACGACGGCGACGCUGUGCCUGCUCUUCCUGCCCAAGAUGCUGGCAAUCCUGGGUCGCGCCGCGCACGCCGACCCCAUCGUCGAGAGCAUGGGCCUCAAGAUAGAAUGCAACACCCGCAGGUUCGUGACGGACGACCGGCGGGAGCUGUACUACCGCGUGGAGGUGCAGAACCGGGUGUACCGCCGGGAGAUGGCCGCGCUCGACCUGGAGAUCGGCCGCCUCAAGCGGCAGCUGUUCGACUCCCCGGCGGCCUCCUCUGCCGGCUCCACCUCCUCCGUGGGCACCAAGCGGGGCGAGCUGUCGCCACUGGAGGCGACAGCGCUGGCGCGGCUGAGCAUCGACGAGGCGAUGCCCAACCCGGCGGCCGGCGUGGGCGGCGGGCUGCCGCUGCUGCUGCUGUCGGUGCUGCCGCCGGUCAUCCCGCGCGCCAGCUGGCCCUCGGCCGACCGCGGCCAGCUGCCCAUGCGCCGCCAGGUCACCUUCAGCUCCGAGCCCAAGCUGGACGACAACGUCGCCUCCGCCGUCUGCUCUCAGCCCGCGCCCUCCGCCCACGGCGACUACGACGACGUCGCCAGCUUCGACCACGACGGUGACGUCGACCCGGAUGUGGAGGGCCUGCAUGGCGCCAAUCGGAAGCAGGGAGUCUUAGGGCGCAUCUGGAGCUUCUUGGGGAGCAGUCGCCCUUCCAGUCGCAAGGCGUCGGCGACAUCUUUCGGCGGCGGCGGCGGCGGCGGGGGCGGCGCUGGGAUCGCGUCUGCGCUGCGGCUCCACAUGGGCUACCUGUCGGGCCUGAUCCUACACACUUUGAUUCUUCACACGACCUAUCGAUGUAAUCGUUCGAUAGCAUCCCUUGGUUCAUCUGGGCUGUCAAUGGUGCCGGCGUCAUCCCGCGAGCUGCACCCCCUGAAGAAGCUGAGCAGCGCCGGCAUAGCCACGGGCGGCAGCGGACCCAUCAUCAGCGUCACCUCCAACGACGACGCCGACGACGGCGACGCGGGUCGCCGCAAGUUCUCGCUCGGCAUGUGUCUCUCCAGGGACCUGGACGGCGGCCCCGCGCUGCGGCGCGCCAGCGCGGGGGCGUCGCCGCGGCCGCGCGCCGGCAUCCACCACCAGCACUCGCAGCCCAACCUGCCGUUCCGCGAGCGCGCCAAGGGGUCGCCGCGCUUCCCGCACCGCGUCGUGCCCACCUGCAGCCUGACGGCGCUCGACAGCCGGCGCAAGAGCAGCGCCAGCUUCGCGCAGCUGCUGCAGCAGCAGUACCAGCUGCAGGUGCAGCGCCGCCGCAGCAGCCACCACCACCACCUGCACGUGCGCCACGGCCACCAGCGCGCCGACCUGCUCGACAAGUGCCGCUCGCUCGAGGACGCGCGCUCCUUCCACUGCGGGUCGGCCGUUGCGCACGCUGCCGUGUCUGGGUCGAACUGGAAACCCCGUGCUGCCAGUUACAGCCCCAACUGUGACGUGUGGGGGACGGCGGAGUUCGGCAUCCCUCUGAGUGAAUUGGCCAACAGCAACCGAGGGCGAGACCGCGACAGCGCUCCCAACGUCAAGGACUAGAAACAGAACCACCUGAAGAGGUGCAGCUGCUGCGAAACACCUGCGUCUGCCACGCCCCGUUUGGUCGCUCGCCUCCGUCUCUUAUCACAGCCUUGUCUAAGGAGAUUCUUGGUUACCACGUCUUAUAAUCGAAGUACUUCUGCUUGUCCAGCUCUGAGGCCACUGUGGUCGCAACAGCCUGUAGUCGUCCAAGCGGCCACAGUCUGGCUGCGACGGAGAAAUGCAGUUUGCUGCUCCCGUGAAGCUACAGUCCUCAUCCACGAUGCGUUGUUAGUGGCUGAUUUGAUCAAAAAGUGUCAUGAGCACGUCUAGAACCCAAAUAAAUGUUUCCCGUAUGUCUCUUGAAACUGCCCUAAUUAUCUUCUCAUCUCAGUUCCUGUCACAGCUGCUACAACAGCAUACCUAGAUUUCGUGCUUAGAGUAUUUAUUCAUCAUCAAAUUAACGGAACGUAGCUACAGACAUGAUGAGUCAAUACGACGAGGUGGAGAUCAUCUGUCAAACAACUUGGCUCUGUCGGAAAAACGUCCAGCACUUCACGUAAUGCGGCAUGCCACUGAACAAUCUCAGUUCGAGGAUCACAUCCUACAUAAUAAUAAACUCCUGGAAGGGGAUUAAGAGAGGAAUUGUUGGAUCAAACAAGCAAUAUCCAAGAAGAACAAUAGUCAUGCUACCAAGUUUUCUCAGCUAGAAUAAUGUUAACAGAUCUCAUCGGCGUCGAAAGCUACAUCCUGAAAUUUUUAAUUCAAAUUUCCACUUGUAGUCUCCCUCUCCAGUCGUCUUCUGCGUAACAUCACGUGUUGUGGAAUUUAUUUAUAACGUGUUAUAGCGUUUCAAACUCUACUAAACUCACGUGUGAUGUUUAAAUUUUUAUUUCUUUGGAAGAGAAUGUGAAGCUUCAUCCUCCUUACGGACCAUUUUUCACUUAACGAUUCUAUAUUUCUGUCUGCGGAGCGAAAAUACGAAAAGGAAGUCAUUGGCCUUAGUGUAAUUCCAAGGAGUCGGAAACUCUUCGUUUGCCGCUGGUAUCAUUGCUUCUCCCCUAAAAACGUAUAUUUCAACACAACGGUUGUAAUUUCAUAAUUAACUGUACACAUUUUGUGCAACGUUACGCUACUUGUACGCUCUGGUUAAAAAGUAAAUUCGUACCAGCACAAAAUUGUGCGUACGUAAUUGCAAUGACGCUUUCAACCGUAUCAAACGCAAGCGUUGCGCUACAUUUGGCCAAUAACUGAUUUCAGAAAAUCUUAUGAAGGAUUCCCACACCAGCAAAUGACUUUUUCUGUGCUGUCUGACCGAAAACCAGUUACCACGACAGAAUGUGAGAAUAGAAGUGAAGCAGAGGAAAUAAUUUGAUUGUGAAUUGAAGUUAACUUAAAUUUCAUUCACUCUAAAUGCAAGACUGGACUAUGACUCGCCACAAUGGUAAAUAAGAUUAUUACUAUGAACCCUGUAAGUUUUCACAGCAUCGUUCCUUACUUUGUAUGUUCUUACAAUAAUAUGCUGUAGCACUGACACACGCUAUGUUGCGUGGGCGAAGAUAGUAGUAGGUUUUUAACUGUACGUUCUCAAUGACUGCGUCCCGGAGAACAAGACGUGUUUUUUCCUCACUCAGUAAUAGUAAUAUCUGAUGGACAUUAUAAACAACAGAAAACUUAAAAUUAGCAAAAUAAGUACUGCAUUUCUGGAGCAACUAAGACAAAGAAAACGGACUCUUCCUUGUUAUGUAAUAUGUUAGACCUAUUACUGAAACACUACUUCCAUGCAGAGUAGUACAUCUGCAUAAAACUAGGGACAUUUUAAUUAUUUGUUUUUGUUAUGCCAUCAGUCAGUGUCUUCUACAGACGCAUGAGCGGUAUGGUCUUCCUGAAUAUCCAGUCAGUAAAGCAAUAUAUUCUGUUUAAACAUCGUUACACUACAGUAAACAAAAACAGAAACUUUAUACUAGCGGGCAAGUAAACUUUGUCGAAGUGUCUUCGCAGGAAUGAUCAAGGUAAAUCUUCACACUGAGAAAAUUCGCUUGAUACGAUGCUGUUGCAAGAAUCGUCCUUAAUAACCAUGGAACUCUGAAGAUACCAAUAUAUUUCCAAUAUAACGUCAUUUAAUGAGACAAUUACGGAAAUUACACUGUAAUAAAUAGUUUCUAAUUAGUCUGUCUAUAAGAAAAGAAAAUUGGACUAUAAAAUAUGAAUUUGUUGUGCAAAUUCAUUGACAAAAUGUCGUUCAAAAGUUAGAUGGAAGAAAGGAGACAAACAAGAAGUCCAACCACAUUAAUUUUAUUCGUUUAUUAUCUGGAAGAAGAUGUUUUGUAUUUGUAACAUUUCUUCUACCCAACAUAUUGUUUUUGGCGAUAUUUUUUUGCGUAAAACUGAAAAGAAUGAAACAAUUUUUCUUUAAGGGAUAUUGUUUAAUUAUAUAUUUUUUGUGAGCCUUUACUUUACAUUUUAAUCAAAUUAAAGACAAAUUUUUGUUUCGUUAUCAAUAAUCUGAGCCUAUUAAUUCUUUCGUAGAAAUCUAUCUUUCCACCUUAGAGAACAUUUAGCAUGAAAUCUGUGUUCGUACAUCCUUGUAGCAACUUUUGGAUGAUUCUUUCAAGCCAUUAUUACACCACGCAUAUCUUUCAAUAAAGUUAUAUUUUGUGACAGUGACAUUCAUGAUAUCAUGCGUAAAUGAUAUUUUGUAUACUAAUGUUUAUCUUUCGUUGUGCGAAAGUAAAUGAACGAUGGUUAUGGUAGAAAUAAAUUUUAAGUUUAAAAAUAUCUGAUGUCACCCACAAGAAAAUUUCUUCCACGGUUUCUACGACUUUAUUUUGUAAAAUGUUUCUCGCGGUGAGAUAGUUCUUAAGCGAUCCAUGCUCAUAAUACCGGUACUCUUAAUGAAAAUUAGUAUGUCUCAUGACGAAUGUUUUCUCUCAGCCGCGUCCAAUGAAAUACUUGAUCUAUUUUCGGAGAUAUUUUACAUGUGUUGUAGUGAAAUAAUGGCUUAUCCUUCUACAUUCAAAGUCCUUGUUGUUUAGAUCUGUAUAAAACGUUAGAACUACCUUUAAUUUUAAUCCCUCGCCGAAGGUAAUUAUGUGUCAAAAGACUCUACAUGUAAUUCGAAGAUGAGCAAUAAACUUUCAAAUUUCAUUGUGCAAUUAAUGUAUAAACUGAAAGGCAAUCAUAUUUCAUGUGAUCUAUAUGAAUGUUAAACGCUUCUUCUCUCUUGGCACUAUUGUUUCUGUAGACAUAAGUGAACUGAUGUCAAUAUAUUUUCCACUUUAUAACAUGUGGGAAGCAUUUCUCUCAAGUGCCAAGCAGUAAAAAUAUUACUAUUUUUUGUUCUGUAGAAUAUAACUAAGUCUAUUGCUGUUGAUUGAUGAAUAGAUUAUUAAA